AUGCUCAUGCCUCCCCCCUCCUCCUUGUCUAUCUCCCUCGUCGACCUCUCCUUCUCCUCCUCUCGCCCUGCCCCCGUCUUCAAGCUCUCCCCCUCCCAGCAAGCCUACUGCGACGCACGCUGGCCCCUGCAUCGCUCCUCUUCGUGCAUGUGCUCUUCUUCCCCUUUCCAGGGCCCCGCCGCCAAGCCCGGCAAGGCUCUGCGCGUCCAGUCAGACGGGACAGAGCUCAUGCGCGAAGUGACGGAGGCGAGGAGGAGGAUCGCGGCUAGGCGGGGGAAGGCGGUGUGGGCGGGGGAGAAGAGCCACAGGAGGUCGUGGGAGGACGUGACGGCGGCGACGGAAGGGCUGCUGGAGGAGGGAGGAGGGAGGGAGUAA